AUGAACUUGUACGCGGAAAUUGCACGUCUUGACGAUCUUGAGCAAGACAAAAAAGACGGACUCUUCGUUUAUUUUGCCAAGAACCCUGGUGUAAAAGAAGAAGCAAUCGCUGCUCUGCCCGAAUGCAAGGACGAUGCUGCCAAGGUUCGUUUUCUGCGGGGUCUUCUCCCGGAGCCGGCAACAGUGUCAGGGGAAAAACGGAAGUAUGAAGAGGUUAAGGAUGCCAGCAACCAUGUUGUAGAAGCUCUAAGAAAAAGGUCAAGCAUCCAGCUUCCAGAUGCCAGUGAACUCCAUGGGAUCAUUACGCAACCUCUUCCCCAAGAGCUGAAGAUACCCAUUCUGCAGCAUGAGUUCAAUACUUUCCUCAGCAAUGACUACCAAAAUCCAUGCUUACAUGAUGACCUUCAAACAAUAUUCCAAGUUAGUGAUAGCAAUACUGCCAUUGCCCUCUCUUACAAUGUGCUGAGUGCAGCCAUAAUUGGCAACCCACCUUCAAAUGUGAUGACAGAGUACAACUUUGUCUCAUUUUGGGAUGCAAAUAUUCGCAAGUUUAUUGAAGCCUACUUUCCCACUGGUAUCACCAUCCGAAAUUCUUCUCAGCACAUGAGUACUUCUGGGAAGCGGCCUGAUUUUGGCUUUAUUAUCAAUACUGUUUGUCCCUUCCGAGGUGAGGAGAAGGCUCCAAAUAAUCCUGAAAAUCCAAGAGCUGAGCUGGUAAAUAAGAUUGAUUGGACAUAUGAUCCAGUACCAUAUGUCAUUGGGUAUUAUGCCAUUGGAACCAUACUGACAUAUGCUGCUAUAUGCCGACCUCGGCCCAGGAGGAAUAAGCCAGAUGUGGUUACCAUUUUGACACUUGACCUAAGAGAGAGACGGCAACGAGUUAAGAACUUGCUGGUGCUUAUCAAUCUAUGUCCUAUCAUUGAACAAGUCCAAAAAGUAAUUGGAUAUCGUGAAUUGCCUGAAUUCAUCCCAAUAGAGAGAGAUGAUAAAAUAAUUGAAGUGUGUGGAACAAAUGUGAAAAAGACAUAUACUGGACCAAACUGUGCAACACGUAUCAGAAAACUCAAAAAUAUCUAUGAGAGACUUAAGGUAAAAAAUGUGCCUAAUGUGGACAAUCUUGUCCUUGCCUAUUCUGAUAAAAAUCAUGGAUGUGUGGCAUAUUUGGAGCCCAAAGGAAUAA